AUGCAAGAACGCAUCCGGUCUCUGGAGGGCAUGAUCCAAAAGGCAUCGGCCGAGGGAGCCGCGCUGCAGGCCCAGCAGGUCAACGUCGUCCCCAUGGCAGUCGACGACGACUCCCAAGUGCGCCAACCAGACAGCACGCGGCCAAUAUCCAUCGAUCACAACCCAACCGUUGUUGACCCUCCCGAAGACACGAUCGUCAUUGAGCAGCAGCCUGAGCGCAACGAUGAAGUGCCGGAUUCCGACAUGGCGGCGCCAGAAUGGCCCGUUGAUCUCAACCAGAGCCACAAGACUGACUGGGCCAGUAAAGCGCAGAGUCAGCCUCCUGAGACGGUUCCUGUCGAGCGAGGCCCGUAUCUCCAAUAUGCAGUCCCCAGCAUCCCUACUGGACCCUCGUUGGCCCAUCUCAGUCCACUCCCAAACAAUCUGCCCUCUCUGGGACCCAACGCGGCCUCUGUCAAUGAUGUGUCCAUGACCAACAUUGGGGAAGGGGAGCCUCGUGUGCUUCGAGACGGCAAUUGUGGUGAUCCCGCCUACUACGGGUCGACAACACAGCUCCAUGUUCACUCGCCCGAGAUCAAGUCCAUUGCCAUAACCCCCGAGAAUGAUCUACCACAGGAGACGACCAUGAACAUGGACUCUCAACAGCUGUGCAAGGCGCUGUUGCGCAUCUUCUUCAAGAUCCAGCCAAACUCCCAAAUCAUUGUCCACGAAGACCUGUUCAUGCGCGAUCGCAGAAAGGGAGGGCGGCACCGGUUCUAUUCCAACUUCCUGGAGAACGUCAUCGUGGCCGCGGCGACGCGGAACAGUACAUCCAGCGCGGUCAGGAAGCUGGGCAGGAAGUAUGCCGAGCGCGCAAAGGCGCAGAUCUCGUCGGAGCUCGAGCAACCGAAUAUCGCCUCGCUGCAGGGUUUCCUCUUAUUGAGUGACUUUGAGGCCACGCGGGGCCGCGCCAGGCUGGGGUGGACGUACAGCAUCAUCGCCACGGGACUCUUGGUAGAUCUCGCAUUGCAUGUGGAUCUCGCUUCGCCCGACAAAGACGACAAUAUGAAACAGGAGGAGGCCGCGUUCAGGGAGACUCUGUUGCUCGGCACCUUCGUCUAUGCCACACUGUGGAGCUUGUACCUUGGACGACCGACCUCGAUCUCAUCACCCGUUAUCGCUGCGGUACGACGCAUUGUGGCAGGCCGAUGCUACACUAAUACUCUGGACAUGUGGGUUGCGCUGUGCCUUCAGAUGGUGGACAUUGUCGAGAUCUUGAACUCGCUCGGCACCAUUCGCCAUGCCGACCGCAGUGCCAACCUGCGCCUCUGCUCGCUCGAGAUUAACCUGCGUUCGGUCUUUGACGGUCUUCCGCCAGAACUUGCCUUUGACGAUGCUCGAAUCGACGAGUUGGAUGCCGAAGCAUAUGGGCCUCAUAUGCAGUAUUUCGGGAUGCAGGUGACAAUACAUCGCGCCAUGAUCAAGGCAGGGCAGUCCGGCGCGUCUGACAGAGACGACGCACAGCCCAAAAGCCUUGAUCACCUGUAUGCCGUGGUGCACGAAAACGCCGUGCGCAUAGCGAAACUGGUGCUUUCAUACAGACACAUCUUCGGCCUGGAGAAUGUUAUCACUGUGAUGCUGGACAAUGUCUACGUGGCGGCUGUUGCGCUGGCAUCACAUAUCAUUCGCAUGCGCCAGCUCUCUCAGCCAUUUGAGAACGAUGUGCGAUGGCUACGUUCGCUGUAUGAGGUCCUCGAAGCGGUCGAGAAACAUUAUCCAGUCACGCUACGGAUGAGGUCGAGCUUGACACAUUUCCUCAACCAGACGUCUCUGACCAACAUUUUCCCGGAGAAGGUCAUUGCGGCGUCUCCCAACAGUAUGCCCGGGAGCAUAACGGGGAUUGCUACGGGACCGCCUGCAAUUCACGUUGCCCAGAUGGCUCCGACGAAUCCACCUACGUCCGCUGACGCCACUGAGUAUUCUAACCUUGACUUCACCCUGACCACCGAAGAUGACUGGUGGCUGCACGAUUCAGCAUGGAACAUGACCACGACACUCUUCAGCACAUGA